AUGUAUCCUACAGCACCUCCUGACGAUGAGAAAUAUGCAGCUGAUCAUAAUCACCAAAAUAUUGCAAAUCCUGUCCCAGCUCCAGGGCUGAACAAUCCUAGUGUAUUACGUACGUACACUCCUCCCCCGUACGCAUACAAUACGCAGCCUUCUGGUCAUGUAAGGGGGAACUGGUCCACUGGUCUUUGCCAUUGUUUUGAUGAUCCUGCAAAUUGUAUGAUCACUGCCUUUUGCCCUUGCAUCACGUUCGGCCAGAUAGCUGAGAUAGUGAGCCAAGGCGCUACAUCUUGUGCUUCACAGGGAGUGUGCUAUGGGAUUCUUCUAGCAACAACUGCAAACGCAUGCUUGUAUUCGUGCUUCUACCGCUCGCGGUUGAGAGGCCAAUAUGACUUGGAAGAAGCUCCUUGUGUGGACUGCCUGGUGCACUUCUGCUGUGCUACUUGUGCACUGUGUCAAGAGUACAGAGAGCUCAGAAAUCGCGGUUUUGAUAUGGGGAUAGGUUGGGAAGCCAAUAUGGACCGACGAAGGCGCGGAGUUACUGCAGCUCCGACUGUGGUUCCAGGGAUGACCAGAUAA